UCCUACAAAAGAAACCACUAAAUUUUUUGUUGCAACAAGAGUAUUUCAGAGAAAGCUAUGGCCUUUUCCAGGAACAUCCCAAUCUUGGUGCUGAGGCUGGUGGCCUUGGCUGCCGCCAUCUCAGCAACGGCAGUGAUGGUCACCAGCAGUGACUCGGCCACCGUCUUCAACAUGAAAUUUGAAGCCAAAUACUCCAACACUCCCACCUUCAAGUACUUUGUACUGAUGAAUGCAAUUGCAGCUGGCUACACCCUUAUAUUACUCUUCUUCCCUUCCAAAAGCUCAUAUGGCCACUUCAUCUUGGUUCUUGAUUUGCUGAUUUUGGUGCUGCUGGAUUCGAGCAUAUCGGCGUGUGUGGCGAUAGGGCAGGUGGGGAAGAAAGGGAACAGCCAUGCCGGUUGGCUGCCAAUAUGCGACCAAGUGCCUAAGUUUUGUGAUCGAGUGACCGGUGCUAUGAUUGCUGGUUUUGCGGCUCUGCUUGCUUAUUUCCUCAUACUUCUCUACUCCAUUCAUAAUGUUAUGAACCUUUUCAAUCUCACCAACACUUAAAUGUGUCUUUUUCAUCUCACUCUCUCUUCACCUUAUUUCCACCACUUGUAUUAUUUGGCAAAUUUGGGACCAAGCUGGUUGUGUUCUUGUUGGUUUUCAUCUUGCACAAUGAUCAUAUGUAAAGAUGGCAAUAUAAUAUUAUCUACUGGUGUGUGU